AUGAACCAAGGAGGAGGAGGAGCAGGAGGAGGAGGGUCGGUAAAAAUGUCUUCGACCGCUGUCAAAGGCCAGAUGAAAGGCCUCCUUAAAGGACUAAGAUACAUUUCACAAAUUUUCGAUGAGGAUGAAGAAAAGGAGAUACAAAUUGGGUUUCCGACAGAUGUAAAGCAUUUGGCACAUAUUGGAUGCGAAGAUGGAAAGGCGAAUCCACCUAGCUGGAUGACGGAGUUCAAAGAUACACAACAAUCUUCCCCGAAAGCAAAGACAUCUGAAGGCCUAGAUAGUGGUAAUAAUAGUGACACCAAUAGUAGUGUAAAAGGAGACGGAAAGAAAAGCCACGUUCGAAAGUCAAGGCACCGUUCAUCGGACAGCCAAUCUUCGAUAAACUCUCCUCCGCGAGAGGAAGGAGAAUCCGUCAAGCCAUCACGAAGACGACACAGCCGUCAUUCAACAGAAGAAGAAGAUGGCACCAAACCACCAUCUACCAAACAUACACAUCGCAGAAAGACCAAAACGUCAGAGGAUAAAGACAAAGAAUCUUCUUCCACAAGAAAGCCUCGAAGGUCGUCCAAGGCUGGUUCCUUAACUGAUGUCUCGUUCACGAAUCUUGGGUCAGGAUCUGUUUCUGGGCCUUUAGCCUAA